CUCCAAGUCAAGGUACCUCAAGUGACUACAGUUAGCAGCAUCGAGUUGCUUUAGGGACCUUCCUAGGGGAACCGUACUUUGAGGGAUCAUCCAAUAGUCGAUUUGAUCUCAGCCGUUCGUAAUGGCGUGUUCUUUCGCUUCACGGCUUCCAUCGGUAGCGCCUAUUCAAAACUCCUUGAAAUGCGAACAGCCUUAUAAGCCUAGCUCUGGGGCAUGGCUUCAUGGAAACCACGAGAUUCCACUCAGCUCUAUUUUCCCUUCACGGAAAAGCAUGUGCCAGCUCGGAAUCAACUCCCUGGACCGACCUUCGCGAAAAGCCGUUGUCAGGAUUCGAACCUGGGACCGCAGCCUGGCAAUAAGGUGUGACGCCGGAAAGCCGUUCAAGCCGGCAGAAGCUCCAAAGGCAGAGGUCGCGGAUUCCGGAAUUGAAGGAAGAUUCGAGAGCAGCUCAGCCCUGAUGGCCGGGACAGAGAUCGGGAUUCAUUCCUUUGGGGAAGAGGCGGUGGACAGAAGGGGAGGAGAAGGGGAGGGGAGUGUGAGGCUAGUCGGGGGCGGGGAGGCGGGGGAUAAGGAGGGUGGGCAUAAGAGGAGUGGGGGGAGAGCAGGGAAAGCGGCGGGUAGUAAGAGUGAGGGAGCAGAGAGGAGGACUAGAGGGAGGGGAGAACGCGAGGAGGAGGAGAAGGAGGAGGAGGUGGCAGUGGCAUUGAUUGCUCAAGCGCUGAUGGAGAAAUUUGGGCCUCAGAUUGUGAGAGGAGAGUUGGAAGAGAGUCCUGGAAACGGAAGGAAUGCGCAUGACAUAAGGGGGGGGGGACUGCAGGAGUAUAGAGCGGACACUGAGGCAGAGGGAGAAGACCAAGGGGAAGAGGAGGCCAAGAGAAACAGGAGCGAGAAAGACUCUUCAAUAAUCACGUCUCGUUCCGCACCUACUACUACUCCGCACCCCUAUGCACGUGCAACCUCUCCCUCCUCCCUCCGCUCCCUCUACCGCUUCUUCUCCUCCCAGCUUGGCAUCUCCUCUUCUUCCACUGUCGCCUCCCUCCUCGCUUCCCACCCCGCACUCCUCCGCUCCGAUCCCACCACUGACCUCCUGCCACGUGUCCGUCUCCUCCAGUCAUAUGGCGUAUGCCAAGCCGACAUGGUCCACGCCACCAUGACAAACGCAUCUUGGCUCCGAACCUCCCUCCCUCAAAUUCGGGAAAUGCUGGAGUUUCUAUUGGCUUGAGGCGUCCACCGAACCAGGUUGGGCUUUGUGCUCCUGCGUGGGCGAGGCUUAAUCCGCUCGCAGGCACGUUCAACGAACCUGGACAUUCUGGUGGAAAGAGCAGGGGUUCCUAUGAACAAGCUGGGUG